AAUAAACUAGUCAGACAUGAGGGUGCUGAAUAAAGACGAGCUUCAGAUCGCUGAGAGAGUUUUGCUGGAACACAUCCCGAGGAGCUAUAAGGUCUACGGCUUCCUCUACGGUAUGAACAGGAACAAGCCGAGCACUCUGGAGGUUGUUGUUGAUUCGUGGCCGGAGUUUAAAGUUAUUCUUUUGCGCCCGGAUCCCAAGAACAAGUGUGCCCAGGACUUCAUGAAAAAGGUGUCCUUCUACAGCACGGAUGAAGAAGUCUUAAGGAAAAUGCUGAGAGAAGAAGUUGACUGGAGCACUUAUUUCCUAGUUGGAGGAUUUGAUAUGUCCUAUUUACUGACACUUAAAGAGGUUUCCGCUGAAAAAAACGUGAACCACAAAGGCUUUACGUUGGUGCGCCUUCUGUACCUUCCAGAUAUCAGCCAACUUCUCACACCAGAUGCUGAAAGUCAACUCGAAUGCAGGAUUUCAUCUCUCAACCUCUCCCACGUUGACAUAGUGAAUAAAACCUGGAAGUUUGGCGGGAACGAGAAGGGUUACAGGAACAUUAAAAACCUGAUUAGCAACUUCCCAACAUGCUGCAUUUUGGACACUCGGGGUGAGCCGGUGGCCUGGAUCCUGGUGUAUGAUUACUGCGCUUUGGGAAUAUUGUACACUCUUCCAGAGCACAGAGGGAAAGGCUACGCCAAAGUUUUGAUCAGCACCAUGGCCAAGAAGCUCCAUGCAGAGGGCUACCCAGUUUAUUGCUUCAUAGAAGAAGACAACGAGGUGUCCUACAAACUCUUCCAAAACAUGGGCUUCACUGACGAUCCUACCUACAGAGCCCUGUGGUUUGAGUUUAACUUCUGAUCUUCUAGAUGACUCUGAAGCAGCAGCUAUUAACUAAUUAUUGUCAAAAUGGUAUUAAACUCUCAUGUUUAUAUCAGUAGUUCCUAAAAAACAACCAAACAACAUAAUUACUUGAAUCGUUGUUGAUUUGGGCUCCGUUAUGCAUUCGUGCAUUGAAAGACUGAUUUGCUUUUGCACCACAUUACACAUAUUUAGAUUCAUACUUGGAAUCUGUCAUUGGCACUUUUAAUGCAACUAUAUCAUGUUUUUGUGCUAAUAGCACAGCAUGCAGGAAUACAAAUGAUGACACACUACUCCAUGGUCGCCAUUCAAGCUUCUAUGCAAGCUUCAGUUAGCAUCCUAUAAGAACUUAGUUCUGCUCUAGCGCUUUUUUGUUUUGCGAUUUUCAAAAAAUAAAGAUUUUAUAUAA